AUGGUCGAGUUGAACAAUCAGGACAAAGUGUUUCUCGGGGCCUCUUUCGCAACGGCUGUGAGUUUUUUUUUCAACGGAAACCUACAAUAUCCGCUCCCUUUAGAUCAUCGGAAUCGUUCUGAUUGUCAUUGGAUUCGUGUUCAGGUUUGGUAAUGGCUUCGGCACGUUUGCCACGUAUGCCAAGCAGGUACGGUAUCUACCGUAACCCUCUAGUACUCGCUUUGUUUUUUGAGGACAAUGACUUCCUGGAGCUCAAAAGAUUGGACAUGAUCUUUGGGCUUUUCGUCGCCGCCGCCGGAGUUCUGAUCCUUUCGUUUCUGGUCGCCGGGGUGUCGGUUUUGAAGCAUAAUAAGUUCCUUUUGAAAGCGGUGAGUUGAAUACGGUCAAAAGCAACCCGACUACAGUAAUCUUCUAGUACUGUGCGAUGAUCGGACUCAUGAUCGUGGUCCAACUCGUCGACGGUCUUUUGGCUUUCACAUAUUCGGAUCAGAUCAACCAGUUGGCGUCGGAUGACAUCAUGUACGAGUCAUUGUACAAAGCUGCUCAAAAGUAGGCAAUUCCAAGGCAAAGCACCCUUUUUAUACCCAUUUUCGUUGCAGGACCCAACCACCGAUCAACAGUGUUCCCAACGACGCCGAGGCUCAAUUCUGGAGUCAUACUCAGGAUACGGUAGGCUUCGGGAACCUGAAAAAUGAGAAAUAUAUCGUACAAAGUUCAGUUCGGGUGCUGUGGAGUGUACAACUCUUCGGAUUGGUCCGUCGCCUGGGGGAUCACCGCCACACAGGCCAACUUGGAGACUUUGCACUGCUAUCAGAAACACUAUAACGACGUGAGAGCGAUGGAAUCAAGGGAUCAUCACUGAAGUAAUUCUGUUGCAGGGUUGCGAGAAACUGGUCAGGAAUCGCAUUUCGUCGGAUGCGCAAUACUUGGGCGCCGCCUCGAUGGGAGUGCUUGUUGUUGAGGUGAGAUAUCUUGGCUAUGAGUGGAGAUAGGAAAAAGUUGUCAACUAAUGAAUUAAGCAUUAGGAAAUUGUGCACAUUCUAUCAGUUGACAACUUUUUGAUAUCUCUGCAGGCGGCUGAGUUUCAGUGGCUCUGAAUCGACGAAUGUGUGGUGCCGGGGCAAUCAAACAGUUCCGUUUCGGUGAUUUGAUGAAAAUGAAACGAAAAAGAGUCAAACAUUAAUUUCACACCAUGAAAAUUGAAACUUGACAUACUUUUCCUACCAAAUGUGGUCGUUUUGUCUGUGAACAAUUCUUAAUCCAAUCGAGAACGGCACUCAUUGGAAAUUUCCAGUAUUCGCUUUAUUUUGAACUUUUCCGCUUCAUAGACUUGUCAAAAUGCAUAGGUUACAAGUUUCACCCUAAUCCAGUCGAUUUUCUUGGACGCACGGUCUCCAGACCUUUCAGAAUUUGGCGUGAGCUUUGGAGACCGUAUCCUCUGAACAUUCGUGACGUGCCAAACAUCAGAAUCAGUCGGAGACACGUGUUGGGCGGAGAAGAGCACGAGAUCAAACUCAUUCUCGGGUAGUUUAUGAUGCUCUCGCGGGCAGGGGAACCUCAUAAAAAUGCGCGCGUGACGAUAAGAGAAGCGCCGCAUACUCGUGUGCACGUAAAGGUGAGACAUUUUGCAGAUUAUUGCGAGUUUUCUGGCCGGAUAUCGGGCGUACACACUGGCUCAUCCGGAAUUCCAGGACAAAUAA